CAAAAUUCGGAUACGAGCGUAUCGUUAAUUAAAAAACUACAGUCAUCGCAACAAUUAUGUUGUUAUGAAUAGCAAUAUUCGUUCUAAAACAUCGAAGACAUUCACACCUUAUCUGUAGUAAUUACUGAAGCAAUAAUUAUCCAAGUAAUAAUUAUUGAAGUACUCAUUCUUGAAGGAGUAAUUACAAAAUUGACGUAACCGACAUACUAAUAGCACAGUGACAGUAACUUCAUACUAGUAAUCAGAACUGCAUAGCAAUACAAGUGACAUUUAACGUAGUAGUAGAUAUACUAUGUAAAUACUGUAUAAUUACGUUGAUGUCUAUAAUUCAGUUUCCAACGUUACGAACAGUAGUGCUACUGAUAAUAGUAGCUACAGAUAUAACCGUGCUGUCACCAACAACUAUAAUUGAUCAACAGCAAUAGUAAUGAUAGUGAAUAAUUGAAAUACAAUGUAACAUGUUUGGAUAGGACAGUCUCGAUAAUACACGAUUUCCAUCAUUUAUUUCGAAAGUUUUCAAAAGGAUAGAUGAAGUCCAAUCUAUUGCCAUCUCCAGCCAUCGACACUCGAUAAAUAAUAUUAAGGUCUAUUGUGGAAAAAGUGGAUCGGUAGGGGAAAUUGCCGAGAGAGAGAGAGAGAGGAAGUAUGAAAGAAAGUUGACAUAAUACUGUUUUUCAAUGUAUUAUAAUGUAAAUUGGCUACGGUGGAAGAUCGAAGAUAAAAUUGUAAACAGCGAGUACAGCCUUUGUGAAAAAGCAAUGGACCAUUUAUUAGCGAACGUUGCUUUCGUAUUGGCGACUAACGAUUCGAAGCUUGAAAAUCAUCGAUUUUACCAUAACGAUCGAGCAUCGUCAAAUAUCGAGAAAGAAUCAAGAAAAAACGAAGCGGGCGACAAGGAUCCAAGGAAUGAAAAUGGCGGAUUCUUAAACCCAUGGAGUUCGCUUAAAACAACAGACAGGGUGCAGUUUCAAAUCGAAGGUCACGACGGACCGCAGACUUACGUUUUUGGAUUUGACACUGGACGCGGGCAAAGUAGACAGUUUCGAUUGGAAGAAAGGCAUUCCGAUGGUACUGUGAAAGGACAAUAUGGCUACUACGAUGCAAAGGGCAAACUGAGAACAGUCCAGUAUGUUGCUAGACCUUUCGAAGGUUAUACAGAGAAGCAUCACGAAAGUAACGUGCGAGCAUUAAAAAAUUAAGUAAACAUCAUUCGUCGUUCAGUUAUUUAAAUACAAUCCACCAACUCCUGUUACACAAUGGCAAUGAAUUUAAACUUUAUUACUGAUGUUCACGCACACGUUUGUAAACUUUUUAUUGCUAUCAUUAUAUAACUAUUACAUCACUGUAUAUAUAGGAGGAGGGGAGGGAGGAGAGAGAAUAAAAUUAAUGUUAAAUUAUUUAUUCAAUAAUAUCAACAAUUAUACAAGAAAAAUAAAUGAAAAGAUACAAAUAUGUCUGAAUGUAAAUAUGAAUACAAUGGUAACAAAGAAUUGGUUCUGCUGAUACAUAUACAUAUGCAUUUAUGUAUAUGGGAAUUUGUCAUAAGCGUUACAUUCAUACCCAUAACAUCCGAUUAUAAAAAUAUUUUAAUAAAAAAG